GGGUAGGGUCGUCUGUGCUUGUCCCUGGCCGCCCACAGCCCAAGGGCACACACGCACUCCCCACUCCAAACUCCCCACUCCACACUCCCCACUCCACACUCACUGCUGUCAGCACGGCACCAGCAAGAGCGCCCAGCCACACCGCUCCAGGCAGGCGACCUCGGCUCGCAGGAUGGGCACCGCGUUCGAUGACAGCGUCACCAAGGAGAAGAAGAGGCAGGCACAGAUGAUCGCCCGGGGCCUGCAGGGCGACGACGCAGAUGAGGACCUGGGCAAGAAGAUCAGCGUGCCCAAGGAGAUUAUGCUGGAGGAGCUGUCGCUACACUCCAACAGGGGCUCGCAGAUGUUCCAGCGGAGGCAGAGGAGGGUGGAGAAGUUCACCUACGAGACGAUCGCCAACGAGGCCUGCGUGGACGGCCAGGACGGAGAGCUGGGCCCGGACCACGUGAACGGGGGCACAGAGGGAGGCACCGUGAGCAACCAGGACGGCGCCGACCCGGACGGCCUCGCCCCAGGCCAUGCAGCGCCCGGGCAGCAGCCGGAGCCGUUCAACAUCACGGCCAUGCCACGCAUCUACCGCUCGCCUUGGGAGCAGGCCAUCGGCGACGACCCCGAGCUGCUCGCCUCCGUCCAUCCCAGCAUGGCCCAGCCGGGGCCGGCGGCCGACAAGGCGAGCUUCAAGAGCUUCAACAGGCUGGCCACGCCGUAUGGUGGCUUCGAGAAUGCGUCGCAAGUCACCGUGUUCCACAUGCCCAAGCUGGAGCUGCUGCCCCUGGAGCCGUCCUCCGACGGGGGCCUCAUCGCGUCCGAAGGGCUCACGGCGCGGCCCACCUUCAACCGCACGCCGCAGGGCUGGAGCGGGCCCAGCGGAGAGCUCAGCCUGGGCAUCAACCUGGAGCUCGCCCCCUUCGGAGAUGGCUCCGAGUCCGAGGACCUGUAGGGCCGGCGAGCGAGAGCGACGACGACGUCACAGUCAUCGUCGUCAUCGUCACGGUCUCAUGGUCGUCAACUGAUCAGUCGAUCCACCGUGAAGGCUUCCACCCCCCCCCCCCCCCAGCUGCCGCCACCUCUCACGGGUCUGGGCUCGUGCCGACCCUGCUGGGCUCUCUGCUGAUCGAGAGAGUUCCGUCAUUGAGAGGCGAAGUCAGGAAACGGGCGAUAACGCCUCCUUCCCCAUACAUCUGUCCCUCCACAUAAAAAACUAAAUCUUUUUUUUUUCACAUCCCAUCAGCCGCACGGCCCUCUGGGAGUGCAUCAUUGUCAGCAGCAUUGGUUUAGCGUAAGCAAAACUCUGGACCGGUUUUGACAAGCAGUCUCAUUGGCAGAGCAAAGCUUCCUUGAACCUGAUGGGAUUUGUAAAAAAAUACUUUAAAUAUUUUGUUUUACAUCGAGGGAUGGAAAUGGGAAGGAGGCGAAUUGUCUGCUCAUUUGAUUUUAUUAAUUGUACUUUUGCACGAUGAGGCUCGUGAUGAUUGUCAUGAUGGCCGCGUGAUUCGACAUCGAUCGCAAUCGGUGAUCAGAUUAAAAAAAUAAAAAACGAAAUAGCACCGCUAAUUAAAUUAAUUACUCAUGACGCUCACAAAAACCCUGAAAACCUAGAGCAAGCGACGCCUUCACCGGCCUCGCAGCUCCGCAGUCCCAGUAAGCAGGCCUUAAUUAGAUUUCUCCUUCUGUGUUUUUUCUGCUUUAACAAGAUCCGAUUAAUACAGAUUCCAACGAGUAAUUGAGAGUGUCAGACAAUUAAUCGUAACUUAUUUAAGCAGCUUGUAGAAAUGUAAUCGGGUUAACUAACGAGAGCCGCCGUAUCAGCCGAGCGUGCCGCGGGUUGUAUCUGCGUCUGUACCGCGGGUGAUCGUGCGUUAUUAAAACUGUGUUGAACAAAAUCGCGUCACGCACACACACUCACGUACGUACACGCGCCGCACGGAUCACUCCGAGGCCGUUGCGCCGCUGGAAGCUGAACGAGCGACGCGUUCCCCCUCUCUCCUUGCUCUCCCUUUCUCUCUCCCUCGCUCUCUCCCCCUUCCUAUCUCCCUGUCUCUCGUAUGGGCCGCCGUUUCGAAUGUUCCUCCAGAUGUCGUGAUCCAUCGCCCCUAUAAUAUGUAAGAUGAUAUAUUCACAAUAAUUAUGAUAUAUUAAAUAAUGGGUUAUUUA